AUGGGGAGCUCUUCCACGGAUAACCUGCGGGUUUUCCUGCGCGACAUUCGGGAGGUUCUCGAGGCUCCAUCGACGGUUUCUGACGAUGAAUUGGCGCGUCUGGCCAGAGUCUGUGACUCUCUGUUGGCUCGCUUUCCCACCGCCGAGGAUGCUUACCUGGAAAUGCGCUCCGCAGUGCCAAAAUCAGAUCAAGAGUGUCCAUUUCGUGGUCUUCCAGUGGCGCACUUGAGUCUACGCUCGUGUCGCCAGAAGGGAAACUUGCAGAGAGCUGAGAGAAAGGGCUUUCUGGACGCUGCACUCAGCAUUCGAUGCACUGGAAGAUUCUUCGGCGGCUUCCUGGACGGAUGGUUACUGCUGUACGGCAGUCCGACUGGGGAUUUGCGCCCCAGAACCACGAUUAGGGUGGCCAAAGCCUGGGAUUGCGCAACUGGCGAGGAGUUCAGGUGGCCAGAGAGGGUCUUUGGAGUGGAGGAUCUUUCAGGAGCAUGUUCCUUCUUCCAGGCUCCUUCAACUGAGGAGAAGUCCUCUUGGCUCCUGGCCUUGUCAGGCAACGCACAAGAAGAAGAGGCUUCUGCAGUUCCAAGUGCAAGUGAAGAAGAUGGGAUUUAUGUGGAGCCUGAUGAAGUCAGUGGACCCACUCGUGAGGAACUCAACAGAUCCUUCAAUUACGACACGCCCAGAACGCCGCCCAGGCGUGUGGAAAAUGAGCAAUUUCGUCACAAGUAUGAGGAUAUCAAGUCCAAGAUCGCUUCACAGCUACUCUUGACGCCUCCUUCGGCCUCCAGAACGCCUCCAGCGCCCGCUCAGCCGCCGGCCGCCCAGAGCUCGGGCAUCUGGUGGUUCCGCAGACGCAGGAAAGAUAGCCAAGCGUCCAAGAAACCACCCACCAAUGAUCCCACAUAUGAAGUCAUCGAAACGAAGUGAUUCAAUCUUUU